AUGCCGCCCAAGUCGGUUAAGAGGGGCGGCGCCGCGGCGGCGAGGAAGGGGUCGGCUACGAAGGCCAGACCGGCGAAGCCCCAGCCGGUCGCGGAGGAGGCGCCCGUCGAGGUGGUCAAGGCAGCGGAGGAGGCUCCCCCUAAGGUGGAGGAGCAGAAGCCACAGCCGUCGCCGCCACCACAGCAGCCGGCCGCCGAGGAGAAGGCCAAGGCGGAUGCCGCUGAGAACGGCGCAAGCCACGCUGAAGAUGAUGGAGCUGCAAAAGAAACAUAUGAAGAAGAGGACAAAGGUGAACGACUGGAGUUCGAGGAUGAGCCAGAAUAUGAAGAGGAGGCUGCUGUCGACUACGACGAGAAGGAUUUGGAGCAGUAUGAGGAGCAAUAUGAAGACGGCGAUGAAGGGUUGGAGUACACUGAAGAUGUAGUCGAAGAGGAGACUGAGAUGGUGGAUGAGGAGGAACUGGAUAAUGGUGGGGAUGAUGGCGAGUGUGAGGAAUAUGAAAAUGCAGAUGAAGACCACGAUGUGGACGUGGAGGACGAAGACCAUCAUGAAAUGGUGAAAGCACAUCGUAAGAGGAAGGAGUUUGAAGUUUUUGUUGGUGGGCUAGAUAAAGAUGCAACAGAAAGUGACCUGAGGAAAGUUUUCAGUGAAGUCGGCGAUAUCACUGAAGUUCGUUUGAUGAUGAACCCUGUUACGAAGAAGAAUAAAGGCUUUGCCUUCCUGCGAUAUGAGACUGUGGAGCAAGCAAAGCGUGCUGUUUCAGAUCUGAAAAAUCCGAUGGUGCGAGGUAAGCAAUGCGGUGUUGCUCCUAGUCGUGACAAUGAUACACUUUUUGUUGGCAAUAUCUGCAAGACAUGGACAAAAGAACAUCUGAAGGAGAAACUGAAGAUCUAUGAGGUCGAGAAUUUUGACGAUUUAAUAUUGGUUGAGGAUAGCAAUAACCCAGGGAUGAACCGUGGGUAUGCUUUACUUGAGUUUUCUACUCGCCCUGAAGCUAUGGAUGCUUUCAGGCGGUUGCAGAAGAGGGAUGUAGUCUUUGGAGUUGAUCGCACUGCUAAGGUUUCCUUUGCCGAUUCCUACCCUGAAGUCGAUGAUGAAAUGAUGGCACAGGUCAGAACUGUAUUUCUUGAUGGUCUCCCCCCGUCAUGGGAAGAAGAUCGUGUUAAGAAGUACCUUAAAAAGUAUGGAGCUAUCGAGAAAGUUGAACUUGCCCGAAACAUGCCCGCGGCCAAAAGAAAAGAUUUUGGGUUUGUUACUUUUAAUACGCAUGAUAAUGCUGUUGCAUGUGUUGAUGGGAUAACUAGUUCUGAGCUUGGCGAAGGUGACAGCAAGGCAAAAGUGAGAGCCAGAUUGUCAAGGCCAGUACAGAGACCUCCUAGAAUGAAGCAUGGAUUAAGAGGAAAUUUCAGGAUUGGGCAUAGUGCUCCUCGAGGCGGCCGUUUCCCAUACACUCGGCCUCCUCCACGCCGGCCUCUGCCACGUCUUGUACGGCCUGAUACUCGCUUACCUCCUAUCAGGAGGCCUCCACUGAAGAGGCCAAUAGAUAUUAGAGAUAGACGCCCUGUUAUGUCAAUACCAGAUAGAGUUAGGCGUUUGCCUCCUCCAGAGAGAUCCUAUGAUAGAAGGCCCCCAGCUCCUGUUUACCCAAAGAGAAGCCCAAGGAGGGAAUAUGGAAGGCGUGAUGAACCUCCUCCGCCAAGGAGCAGAGCUACCUUUGCUGCUGAUUACAGUGCAAGAGUUCCAGUUGAUAGGCGCCACACUUACAGGGACGACUAUUCGCCCCGUGAAUCAGCCUAUUCAGACCUAGCUCCUCGCAGCGCUCCCCGUUUUUCUGACAGGAGAGCAUAUGCUGAUGAUGGCUAUGUAGAGAAGAUUGACCGACCUUUGCCAACCUAUAGGGAGGGCCGUGGACGUGAUUAUGAUACAAUAUCUGGUUCAAAACGCUCAUAUGUUGAGAUGGAUGACGUGCCUCCUCGGUAUCACGACAUUAGCGUUCGUCAGCCCAAGGCACGCUUAGAUUAUGAUGUUGGUGGUAGCAGUGCUCGGUAUGCAGAUGCUUAUACUGAGAGGCUCGGGCGGUCACAUGUGGGAUACACUAGCAGCAGAUCUGUCGCUGGUCAUGACCCGGUGUAUAGCAGCAGCCGCCAUGGCUUGAGUUAUGGAGUUCUGCGAGCACUGGAGAUGCUGGUGGAAACUACUCUUCAAAUUACAGUGCAGACUACAUGCCUCGUGGAUCUGAUGUUGGUGGAAGUUCAUAUUCAUCGCAUUACUCGGGUCGUAACACGGGCAGCAGCAGUGGCUACUUUGGCAGCAGUGGUUCCAGUUCGUACUACUAAGAUUUGGCAUCCGACCGUCUUUGUGGAACAGAUGUGGCACCAUAGGAGGUUGGUGUAG